AUGGCCGGUGUACUCAACACAGCACGGCUUUCAGCCCGGGUCGCAAGCAGAUAUGCGUGCCGACCUGUCGCGCGGAGAGGUGCGUUGAAGUGCCAUUGCGACGUGGCGUCAACCCACGACUGACAUGUACUCAGGCUUCCAAGUCUCCGCGCAGGACCGAGCAGCUCAGAACUUCCCAAUGCCGGCGCUUUCGCCGACGAUGACGGAAGGCAAUAUUGCAAGCUGGAAGCUGAAAGAAGGAGACUCGUUUUCGGCCGGCGAUGUGCUUUUGGAGAUCGAGACUGACAAGGCGACUAUGGAUGUGGAAGCUCAAGAUGACGGGAUUCUCAUGAAGAUUAUGCAGGGGGAUGGUGCGAAAGGUGUGCAGGUCGGAGACCGGAUAGCUGUUACCGCGGAGCCAGGCGACGACGUCAAGAGCAUGGAGCUGCCAGCUGAAACUUCCAGUUCUCAGCAAGGACAAAAGUCUGGUGGAGGAGCGCAGAAGGGCGGAGAGGAAGAAAACGUCAAGGAGGCCCAGCAGAGUGCGCCAGAACAACAGCCUCAAACCCCCAGCAAAGCGGACAACAGUAGACAAGGAGGCACAGCGCAGAAACAGAAGUACCCAUUGUAUCCUUCUGUUGAGCAUCUUCUGCACCGGAACGGCCUUUCAUCAGCAGACGCAGAGAACAUCCCUGCUAGUGGACCCAAGGGCCGUCUACUCAAGGGAGAUGUGUUGGCCUUCCUGGGAAAGAUCAACAAAGAGUAUCCCGCUCAGUCCUCCGCUCGCUUACAGAAACUCUCACACCUGGAUUUGUCAAACAUUCAACUGGCCAAGAAGGCAGAAGCAAAGCCUGAACAGGCCAAGGAGAAGAAGCCUGAGCCCCAACUACCACAAAAGACCGAGGUUGCCGUACAUAUCAGCCUCUCUCAAGUAAUUGCGACUCAGAAACGGAUUGAAGACUCUCUUGGCAUCUUCCUGCCACUGUCAACCUUCAUCGCUCGUGCUUCGGAGCUCGCCAAUGACGAUCUGCCUCUCGGCACGAAUCGAAAGCCUACCGCAGACGAUCUGUUCAACUCUGUGCUUGGCCUCGACAAGGUACCGAGGAGCAGCAGAGGACACUUCUUUCCCAAUAUUGCCGGCCUCUCGCCAGAUCUCUUGCCUGCAAGACCUGCGAAGAAGGCCGAUAUCAUCGAUAUUCUGGCUUCUAAACAAACCAAGCCUAAGAGGCAAAUACCCGUGCAUCCCGCGACAGCCGGUAUUGCAGCAUCAGACAACAUCUUCUCGUUGGUUGUGGGUGCUGGUGAAGAGAACCGGGCAACAGAGUAUCUCGAGCGAAUGAAGCUUGCGCUUGAGAAACAACCGGGUAGGCUGGUCCUGUGA